GAGAUCACGCACUUAAAACUUGGAAGAAGCGAACCGGCGACGCCACACACCAGUCUCCGCCUCUAGACGUCACAUCCCAACUGCGGCCGCCAUGGGGUCCUCAUUGCCGUCGCUUGUGCUGCUGCUCGUCGCUUACGCCUCCGCUGCUCAGCUCCCGGCAUCCCUGAAGACCUGCAAGCAAAAUGAUCCAGACUUCAACGGCUGCUUGAAAAAUGCUUUUACGGAUGCCUUGCCGGUUCUGGUAAAAGGUAUUCCCAGUCUGGGUCUCCCGCCACUUGACCCCUUACAUUUCACGCAAAUCAAAAUCAAGGACUCACCUGAACGGCCAGUCACCUUGAGCUUGGAAUUCAACGAAGUAGACAUUAUCGGAAAUGGCAAUGCGAUCAUCGACGACGUCGAGAUGAAGCCAGGCAGUUACUACAUGAAGACAAAGGUACAUACCGAUAAGCCAUUGACACUCGUCGGCCCAUACAAGGCAGAAGGCAAGGUGUUGGUGCUGCCUGUUAAAGGGGAAGGGAACAGCAACAUAACAGCACCUAGACUGGAGGCCGUCCUGGAGCUAUUUGGACAGCCCAUUGAAAGAGAUGGAGAGGUGUACUGGGACGUCACGGACUACAAGGUCGACCUCAGUUUAGGCAAGCUAUCGAUUGACUUGACAGGACUCUACAACAAUGACAAGGCACUAGCUGACAACACCCUCAAGUUUCUGAAUGAGAAUUCUGAAGAGAUUGCGAAGGAGGUGGUACCCGUCAUACAGGAAGCCCUGGCUGCCUCCUUCAAGGAGAUGGCUGAAAGAGUGUUUAGCAAGGUCCCCUACAACUCAGUCUUCCCACCUUCAUGAAGAUCUAGCAGCUUGGAAGUUCUGCUUAUAGAAAGGUCAAUAUUAUUCUCUUCAUGGUAUUAUGUAAUCUUCGAAGAAACAAAGAUAUCUUGGCAUUGUUUUGCCACUAGUAAGUGAUUUUCCUUCCCUUUUAGUCAUUAAUGAGUCCCUUUCGAAAUGCAAUUAGCAUAUUAUUGCUUAAGAGUCUAUUCCAACGGACUUGCUUUCAUUAACAAUAGAAAUGUUUCAUCGAAACAAUGCUAUCGUAAUUAUUGAAAGCAUUCUAGUCCAUAAACUCUGUUGGAGCCUAGUCCUUAAGCAUAUUAUCACAAAGAUGUUCAGUGUGUGAUUCAAAUGAUUAUAGUUCUGUACUCUAA